UUAUUAUUUUUCGUAAGUCGCAGCGUGUUUCGUGUGUUUCGCGUGAAUUCACUCCCGAAUGUGGUGGAUAAUAAUUUAAUUUUCACAUGUAAAUACCGUUCCAAUCGACCGUAAAAAUGAUAGUAACUGAUACGGGUGAUGUGAAAAUCUACAAUUUAAGUGCCGGAAAGGCACUUCCGGAUUGGAUUUCGGACAAAAAGCGUCGCGAGUCGCAGCACAAAAAAGCUGACGUCAGUCGGCGAAUCGAGCUGAUCCAGGAUUUCGAUAUGCCGAGUGUGGCGACCAGCGUCGAAAUGUCGCCGGACGGGCAGUAUAUUCUUGCAACCGGAACCUAUAAGCCGCGAGUCAAAUGCUACGAUGUGAAUAAUCUGUCGCUGAAGUUCGAGCGGUGCUUCGACUCGGAGGUGGUGAAGUUUAAAAUUCUCAGCGAAGACUACGGCAAGGUGGUGUUUCUGCAGGCAGAUCGAUUUGUGGAGUUUCAUGCCGCACAUGGAAGGCACUACCGGUUACGCAUUCCCCGGUUCGGGAGGGAUUUGGAUUAUCACAAACCGUCGUGUGAUUUGUUCCUGGUGGGAACGUCAUCGGAAAUCUAUCGGCUGAAUACGGAGCGAGGUCAGUUUUUGCAGCCGUACAGCACCUCAGCUAGCAGCAUAAAUGCUUGCGAAGUGAAUCCGGAACAUCAUUUGCUAUGCGUUGGUACUCAGGAAGGAACAGUCGAAGCAUGGGAUCCGAGGGACAAAAACCGUUGCGGAGUUUUGGAUGUCGCCGUAAAUAUUCAAAACCACGAAAAGUUUCCUUCAGUUUCAGCGAUAAAAUCGAAAAAUGGUUUACAUAUGGCUGUAGGAACAGAGUCGGGCCACGUACUUUUGUACGACAUUAGAGCAAAGGACCCGUUGCUCGUUAAAGAUCAUUUGAAUCAACUCGCAGUGCGGAAAAUUGGGUUCAACGCGGAGAACAAUGCAGUUUAUUCGUUGGACAAUGCCAUGCUGAAAAUCUGGGACGAAGUCACGGGCAAACAGUUGGCUUACAUAGAAUCGAACAGCAAUUUCAACGAUUUUACCACGUCCCCCAAGAGUGGUCUCUUGUUUUUCGCACAAGAGGAACCAAAGAUGAUGACGUAUUACAUUCCCAGUCUUGGACCUGCCCCGCGUUGGUGUUCCUUCCUGGACAAUCUCACCGAGGAAAUAGAAUCGGAAAGUGUGCAGAAUAUCUACGACGAUUACAAAUUCAUCACCAAACAGGAACUGGCUGAUCUGGGAUUGGAUCAUCUCGAGGGAAGCAGCAUGCUGCGAGCGUACAUGCAUGGUUUCUUCAUCGACAUUCGGUUGUACAACAAAGCCAAGGCUAUUGCCGAUCCGUUUGCCUUCCAACGGUAUCGCAAAGAGAAGAUCGCCAAGCAAAUUGAAGAAUCGCGUCCUGCUCGGCUUCAGCUCAAAUCUAAGCUACCGAAGGUUAACGCUGAACUUGCGGAGAAACUGCUCACCGAACAAGAAUUGGGCAACGUCAGGCUCAAAUCGGCCGCCAGUAAUCUACUGGCUGAUGAUCGUUUCAAAACUAUGUUCGAGAAUCCGGACUUCGAAGUCGAUAAGUCAGCCGUUGAGUAUCGUUUGUUGAAUCCGGUGUUAACGCGACUGGAUAAAUCUCGGGCGCAAAAGCUCAAAGCAAGGGAGGCUGCAGAGGAAGCUGCUGCAGAAAAACGGGAAAAUGCGGAGGAGGAAGGAAGCACAGAUGAUGAUCUGUUCAGCGAAAACGACGAGAGUUCCGAUGAUGAUCAGACGUGGACGAAGGAGGUUAAGAAAGAGUUCAAGAAAAUCAAUUUGGAAAAGAAGCGUGAACGAGAACUAGAAUUGAGUCGAGAUGCAGCUGGGGAAGACGACGACGAUGACGACUAUGAUGGGCCUUCGAUAGCGGUUCAUGAGCAGGAAGACUUUAACAUAGGCAGCGCACACAGAAGAAUCAACAAAUCCGGUUUGGGCAAACGAUUGGCUGCCAGCAAACCGAUGGAGGUGAAGAUGUUAGGCGGUCUGGGAAAUUGUCAGAUGACGUUCAGCACCGAACGAAAAACGAAGGGCGGUUUCGAUAGGAAACGGCAGGCAGAAUUGAAGAGGCACCGAGAGGAACGGAAAAAGGUGAUACGGCCGACGACUAGCUUGAAAAGGUUUAAGAAAUAAAUGCUUACACUUUGUUAGUAUUGUAAGUUAUUUUGGAUGAACAACUCCCGGCAGAACUCCUUCGACGAACUGAUCAUGAAGGAGGAAGCCCUGAAGCAACGCGACGAAAUGGUAUCCUGCCUGCUGGAAGAGCUCGUCAAAGUGCGCCAGAGUCUAGCCGAAAGCGAAGAUGUGAUAAGAAACCUUAAGACUAAAAUCCAAGAAUUGGAAGAAG